AUGCCGGAAGACCGCGGCAGAGCGGACACCAGCCCCACGCAGCGGAAAGGCCUCCGCCAUCGCAAGUCGGGUGAGCUGGUGCCCAAGGACUCUCCCUCGCUCGAGGCCGACCCCUUGGGGAACAUGCCUAUGGGGGCCAACAAGCGGGCCUCGAUGACUUUCCGCACUCAGAACUCGCGAAAGAGCACGUGGCGCUUCUCGCUUCCGGAGCAGCUGCACAAUCGGGUGGGCGAGGACAAGCGCGUGUUCCCCGCGCACUCGCUCAACUCAACGACCAACAACGGCGAUCCCAACGACCUCUUCACCCUGCGUCGGAAACUGGGCGACAGCCCGCACGCCGUGGUGCAUAAGGCCACGGUCAAGGAGACCGGCUUCGAGAUUGCGUCGAAGAUCCUGCUGAUGCACGGGCAAGGCGAAGCGGCAACUACCUCAGUGUACUGUGCUCAUGCCUGA